GUUACGCCACUCAUUCCAAGAGGCAGCCGCGGUCUCCUCUCCACCCCGGCCGCCGGCCGCCCCCACAGUGCCGUACCCCGACCAGCCAUGCGCAUCUUCGUGCUGUCCGGGCAGAGUAACAUGGCCGGCCGCGGCGGCGUACACCACAAGCACUGGGACGGCGUGGUGCCCCCAGAAUGCGCGCCGGAUCCGUCCAUCCUCCGCCUUUCCUCGGCGCAGCAGUGGGAGGAAGCCCGCGAGCCGCUCCACGCCGACAUCGACACAACCAAGACCUGUGGCAUCGGGCCCGGGAUGGCAUUCGCCCGCGCUGUGCUCUCGAGCCUGCAGGAGGACACCCCUGGCGCGGCGGCCCAGAUCGGGCUCGUGCCGUGCGCCGUUGGCGGGACGGCCAUCCGGGAGUGGUCCCUCGGGAAACAUCUGUACGAGCAGAUGGUAUCCCGGGCGCGCGUCGCGACCUUGUACGGCGAGAUCGAGGCCAUCCUAUGGUACCAGGGAGAGAGCGACGCCGAAUCCGAUGCCGACACGAGUGCCUACUUGGAGAACGUCGAGAGGCUCAUCUGUAAUGUCAGGGCAGAUCUUGGGAUGCCGCAGUUACCCUUUAUUCAGGUUGCACUUGCAUCUGGGAAUAAAAGGAACAUUGAAAAAGUCAGAAAUGCUCAAUUUAGUGUUAAUUUGCCCAAUGUUGUAACUGUGGAUCCGAUGGGUAUGGCACUGAAUGAAGACAAGUUGCAUCUUACCACCGAGUCACAAGUAAAACUUGGCAAAAUGCUGGCAGAAGCGUACAUUUUGAACUUCUCUACAUCAACUUGUUAGGUGAAUACAAGUGUCUCAAGAUCUUCAAUCCACAACAAGUAUAUUUGAUAAGGUCGCCUAGUGACAAGAUUACUAUGUGCUCAAGCACUUAAUCAAUCGAAGACAUUGUAUCUAUCUUAUGUCCGAGAAUACGCUAAAGUGCCUCAAUUCUUGUAUAGCAUUUCAAACUCGCUUCAUAACAUUUCUUUCAUAUUGUAAUAAUGGUUGCAGCCUAUGUUUUCUGGUCGCUCGACUAGCUAGUCGAACUUAGGGAACGACCAGAUGACUAAUCUCGAUUAGUCGCCGACUAGGUCGACUAAUCGACCUCUGGUUGACCUGGUUGUCGUCCUGUUCAUUCAGGUCAUUCAGGACGUAUAUACUAUAUAGUAUAUGAUUAUAUAACUAUAUAUGAAUGAUAGGGUAAACAUGACAUGAAUUCUGCAAUAUUGAAUAUUGAUUUAAGAAACUG